AUGAAGGCCGCUAUCUCGUUUGGACUAAAACCAUCAAUUCUCAUCUUUUGCGCUGCUAAUAAUGACUACACGCAGAACACGCAAGAGUUGAAUGUUGAUUGCCUUUCAAUGUUGAUCACUCUCUCUUUCAGUCGACUCGCUUACGAAGAAGCCGCACGGCCAUCGCGCCGACGACCCCGCAGCAGUCGCUACUGUUAUGCUACUAAUGUUCUCCUUAUGUACAAAUUACCCAAGUUUGAGCAUGAUGGUGAUUUUCUGAGCGGCUUGAUGAGUAUCGCUAGCGAUCUGAGCAAGGCCGUUGGCGAACGAAAUCUGGUUGGCCAGUCCACUAUUACUAACGCACCUAAAACUAAUGAAUCAGCCCAAGAGUCACAGCAGUUCAAUCAGCAGGACAUCGAAAAGCUGACUGCCAGCAUUGGUUCGCUUGUCGGAACCAUCCGAGACAAAGCCUCUGACAUCUUUCACAAACCGGUAGCCGGACAGGAACAAAAAAAGCUGGAGGGGAAGCCAGAGGAGAAGCCAGAUCAGCAGCCAGUGAUUGAUGACGUGGAAGGCGAAAGCAAGUUUUUACAAUCUUAG